CAACACAAGUUUGAAGUUUCUAAAAUUUCCGAUAGGGGCGUAAAUCCGCCAUUUUGUCUCCUAUGACUAUUUAAGAAUUUAAUAAAUCAAAGCCGAUCUUACUACGUUAAUCCGAAAUCAAAAGUGAUAUUUAACUAGCUGUGCAGUGUUUAUUGAGCCUGUGAUAUUUUAGUGUGUAACAAUUUUUGUUUAAGUUUUUAUAACUUGACACUAUUAGUUGAGAGAUUUUGACGUCGAACGAAUAAUUACAAAUCGUUGUAAAAUGGGUACAAGAGAGGAUGAAUACGAUUAUUUAUUCAAAGUUGUUUUGAUUGGUGACUCUGGCGUGGGAAAAAGCAGUCUUCUUUCGCGUUUCACUAGAAAUGAAUUCAACUUAGAGUCUAAAUCUACAAUAGGUGUGGAAUUCGCUACAAGAAGUAUAGAGGUGGACGGCAAGACCAUAAAGGCCCAGAUCUGGGACACGGCCGGCCAGGAGCGGUACCGCGCGAUUACGUCGGCGUACUACCGCGGCGCGGUCGGCGCGCUGCUCGUGUACGACAUCGCCAAACACCUCAGCUACGAGAACGUGGAGCGGUGGCUGCGCGAGCUCCGCGACCACGCCGACCAGAACAUACUCAUCAUGCUCGUGGGCAACAAGAGCGAUCUGAGACAUCUCAGAUCUAUCCCCACAGAAGAGGCGAAGGCGUUUGCGGAAAGGAAUGGACUUAGUUUUAUUGAGACGUCCGCUCUCGACUCUACAAAUGUAGAACCGGCAUUCCAGAACAUUUUAACUGAGAUCUAUAGGAUCGUGUCGCAGAAGCAGAUGCGCGACCCGCCCGAGGGCGACGUGAUCCGGCCGGACGCCGAGCCGCACGACGUGCGCCACGCCCCCGACGCCGUGCGCAAGCAGUGCUGCCAGUAGUGACACCCGAUGUCCAGUUUAUGUUGGCGUGUGAGAUGUGAACUAUACAAGAUGAAUCAUUCCCUCACAGCGGUACUGGCCGCGCCGCCGUCAAAACACGGGAAAACCGUUUAUAACGACACCUUUUUCGACUAACCGGUUACUACGUCAUUUAGAGCCUGCCAUGAGAUAGCUUUACUAUCGGUUAUAACGAUCGGCUGGAUCCAUAUAACGUCAAUGUCGUUAUAACCGAUUCUCUGUGUACGUCAGCCCAGUAUUACAGCGGCGCGGCAGAGUGGCUCAUGUAGAUAGCUUCGUGUAAUUACUGAUGUUUACACUCGGAAAUAUAUUAAGUGUCAUUUCACUUAGCUGUCGGGACGGAUACAUUAGGCGUAGAGAAUAUACAACUCACAAUAUCCAUCAAGGACCUUAUUGCUAAAGCAAUGAUGCUACUUUCAAAGAAAUUUAUAGGCAGUUGGCGGAAGUGAUACAAUGACAAUUUUGCCUUGUCUGGCCGAGUUUGACGUGACCCGACCGAAAUAGGCCCGUCAUAUGCCUAUAAAUUUCUCUGAUAGUACCAUGUCUCUUGAUGGACAUUUACUAGUUAUACUUUGAUUUGUAAUGUCGGUCAAUAAAAUUACUCAUUUCACUACUCUUUCUUUCUCGGUUAGUAGAGAUGAAAUGGGCGUUUUACUGAUGGAGAUUACGAAUUUAUUAAAUGUUUUCUAGAUGCAAAGUAGUUCUGAUUAGUGAGUCAGAUAGCUAUCCGUGUUCUAUUGGUGCAAAAUUAAUGUUCGCUUCCGAACUGACUAAAUGACUGAUUGUAUGGCUAGUUAGUCUUUUUGGAAGUAUUGCUUCUCUACGCCCAUAGUACCGCCCGACUUGUAUUUUAUUUAUGAGGAUACAUUUUUGUUUCAAUUUAGUAGAUAAUAUUAUAUUUAUUUAGUUAAUAAAAAAUAUUUAAACUGGCCAGACUCCUAGCUGAUGUUUUGUAUGAUUUGAAAUAAAGCAAUAAAAGUUUACGAUAAGCACACAGUAGCUUAAAGAGUUCCGCGAUAGCUUGUACCUUGUUUUUUCUAAGUGAAAUAGCUUUUUUAAUGAUCAUUUUUUCUUUACUGAUAUUAUGUGCCUUGGACGUGGUGACAUGUUUUUAUUAGAGCUUUUAUCGUUCAUUUAGUCCAUGUUAUUAUACUUAGUGUUAAAAUUUUUGAUUUUAUAAAGAUCUUGUCGGAUAUGUGUCAUCCAUAAACUGCUAACGAUUUAAUUUGGCGUAAUUUUCUCGUUUGAUCGAUUAAUCGUUAGUUUAUUUGUCAACAAUAUAAUCACAUUAAAACAUUAAUAAUUAUUGAGUAAUGCAUAUUGUAACGACUCGGCGCGGCUGCAAGCCACGGCCUCUCUAAAAAUCAUAGACAAUUUAAAAAUUAAAAGACCAAUUCCACAGAACAUACGCUAGUACCAUAACCAUGUUGUAAAUGUUCAAACUAAUUUGGGAUACUAAGGUUUUAUAGCUUCUGCAGACGAUCUAGCCAUUUUUUAUGUUUAUAGUAUGAAGUAAAACUUUGUCAGUUAGUAUUGAUAAAACAGGCUUAUUCCGUAGGAAUGGUUGGUGCACCAGUGCGUAUAAAAUGAUGAGUCGCAAUGCUAACGAAAGUCGUCUUGUUCGUAUGCUGUGAGACGAAAAACAGGUUUUUAUUUCUAGUGACAGUAUCAAUAUAGCAUAGUAGAAACGUUGUCUAUGCUCAAAAGCUUUUUUAUUAGUAUUGUACGUAUAAAAGUACGUGAUUUUAUAUGAAAUUGAUGUCACUUUUUGUCUCAAAAUUGCCUUUACGACUGCGACGACUUCGGCAUUUGAAAAUUGGCAAUGCAACAUAAUGGGCUGGACAAAUCUAAGUGUAUCGAGUGUUUGAGUUGCGUCCUUUCGUCCAGCCGACCACGAAAUGUUCUCACAAGUUGUCAUAAGGCCUCAAACACACGGUGUUCUAAGGUAUGUUAUUGUAUUAUGGUCUUACAUAUGCAUGGUUAUUUUUUUAAAGCCUAUCUGUAAUUACUUUAUUGAAGACAAAGAUAAUAAAAUAUUAUGUAAA